AUGCUAAGUUUAAAUUCAAAUUUGUCUGAAAUGAAAAGUACAAUUGGAACAUCAAGUUUAAGCUCAGAACUUACUAUCCUCUCAUUCGCUGAUAUAACUGUUUCCAGUCAAGAAUCUUUUGAUAACGAUAAUAUCACUUUAUCAACAAAAAAUUACCCAACAAUCAAGUCGGAAAAAGCAAUGAAAAUUUCAAAUGAAAGCAGUUUGCUAAAAAAUGAACCAAACUGCUAUCAAUUGCAUUUUCCGGAAUGUUUUAUUGCGGAUUACACAAAAUUGAAAAUAUUAAAAUGUGCACCUAAAAAGAUUUCAAAAAACUGUAAAUUGCAAUCAGUCCCUUCAGCAAUUUAUGAAGUUAUAAUUGAAAAGAGGUCCGCUAAAUUAUCUUCAACAAUGAUUAAUAUUUUACCCCAAAAUAUCAUUAAUAUAGCCUUAUCACAUAUUCCAUUAUCAAUUGCAUUUGAUAAAGCUCAAAUACCAUCGAAAGUAUCAAUAAAUGAGCAAAUUCGAAGUAAAUCGAAAACUGAUGACUAUAACCCAACGAAAAUUCAGUCAAAAAAUAUUGUAAAAAGAAAAAAUUCGAGAGAAAAUAUGCAAAAAUAUUAUAAAACAACAUCAAAGAAAAUUUUUGUUUUUGAUGCUUUUCCGGAAGAAACUUUCCGGAAUAAUAAUGAGAAUGUGAAUAAAGAAGAUAACAUCAAUGAUACAAUCAUUCAAUGGUUGAAAUGUACACAAUCACAAACUGAAAGAAUUUGUAAUUUUGAUAAAAUGAUUGAAUUGAUCGAAUCGAUUGAACAAGAAAUCAGUGCAAUCGAAUCAAAGAAUUAG